CACACUCGAGAUACACCACCGAUUUCGGGGACGUGACAGACAAGAAUGGCACGAUCUAAUCUUAUCAGAUGCAGGCAGGCUUGAUAGGAGAAAACGGAAAAACGGGACAGUCCCGGGCCUUCAUCGGGUCGGGAGAGCUGCAGCUUUGAUCAAUUGAUACCACCCUGAUCCGACCCAACCUUCUGGUUCUGUUUACCUUACCAAACUUCAAUCCCUUCUUCCUCUUUUCCAGUCAUUGCGACUCUGAGUGUCGUCUGUCUCGGUCCCCUCAGAGCAAAAACCAAAAUGGCGCUGCUGUCUAGUGUGCGCGCCAAGCUGGGGCGGGCGUCGACAGAGGAAGAGGGCAAAUUGCCGGUCGUUGUCGACACCACCGGAGAGAAGUCCCCUAGAGAUCCCGAGAUCAACGAUGCGUCUGCCGUCAAUGGCCAGGCUGAUAGGCCCGGGAAGGACUUGCAGGAGGGUGUACGGGAAAUCGAGGCCGUGACGUUGACCUGGAGCAAGACGACGCUGAUUGCUGUCUUCAUCAAUAUCUGGAUGCUCUAUCUCGUCAACGCGUUCCAGUACAACAUUCUACAAAGCCUAGUUCCUUACGUCACGAGCGAUUUCCAGGAGCACUCGCAGCUGAAUGUCAUCUACGUCGUCGCCAACGCCAUCCAGGCCGCCAUGUACAUCCCCUUGGCCAAGGUUUUGGAUGUCUGGGGAAGACCCACGGGCUUCAUCAUCAUGACUUGUCUUGCUACCCUGGGCAUGAUUCUCAUGGCUGCAUGCCAGAAUCUUCCCACUUUUUGCGCAGCCUUUGUUUUCUACCAGAUUGGUUUCAGCGGCAUCAUCUUCUGUGUCGACGUCGUCACCGCCGACUCCUCCAAAUUGAAGAAUCGGGGCUUGGCCUAUGCCUUCACCUCCUCGCCUUACAUUAUCACCGCCUUUGCCGGGCCAAAGGCUGCCGAGGACUUCCUCGCCAAUGUCACCUGGAGAUGGGGCUUUGGAUGCUUCGCCAUCAUCCUCCCUUUCGUCGCUGCGCCGCUGUACUUCAUGCUCAAGUUCAACCUCAAGAAGGCCCAGAAGCACGGCGUGCUCCCCAGAGAAAAGAGCGGCAGGGCGUGGCUGCAGAGCAUUUGGUACUAUACCGUGGAAUUCGACGCCCUUGGAGUCUUCCUCUUUUCUGCGGGUCUCACCGUGUUCCUCCUUCCAUUUUCGCUUGCAGCCGAGGCCCCCAACGGCUGGGCGUCCGGAUACAUCAUCGCCAUGAUUAUCGUUGGCUUCGUGGUCCUGUGCGCCUUUGUCGUCUACGAGUGGCGGCUGGCACCUACGCCCAUGUUUACCUUCGGCCUCCUAUCCGACCGCACCGUGAUCGGAGCAUGCCUGCUCAGCGCAACAUACCAGAUCUCGUAUUACUGCUGGGCCAACUAUUUCAGUUCCUUCCUCCAGGCUGUCAACAACCUGGGCGUCGCCGAGGCCGGCUACGUCAGCAACACCUUCAGUGUGGUCUCGGGCGUGCUCCUGAUCCUGGUCGGCUUCUCCAUCCGCAAGACCGGCUACUUCAAGUGGCUCUUGUACAUCGCUGUCCCGCUCUACAUCUUUGCCCAAGGCUUGAUGAUCCACUUCCGGCGUCCCGACCAGUCGGUCGGCUUCCUGAUCAUGUGCGAGGUCUUCAUCUCCAUUGGCGGCUGCAUCUUCAUCAUCGUUCAGCAGGUCGCCAUGCUCGCCGCCGUCGACCACCAGCACGUCGCUGUCGCCCUCUCCCUCCUGUUCGUCGUCGGCACCACCGGCGGCGCCAUUGGCUCGACCGUCUCGGGCGCCGUUUGGACAAACACCUUCUACAAGGCUCUCCAGGAGUACCUGCCCGAGUCGGCCCUGGAGAACAUUGACAUGAUCUACGCCGACUUGACAACUCAGCUUAGCUAUGAGGUGGGGACCCCUGAGCGGCUUGCCAUUCAGGAGGCGUAUGGAUAUGCCCAGACGAGGAUGCUGGCUGCCGGCACAUCUUUCAUGAUCCUGGGCAUCGUUGCUGUGCUCCUGAUUAGGAACAUCAACGUCGCCAAGGUCCAGCAAGUGAAGGGUACCGUCUUUUGAGGUGAUUGUAUUCCCAUGCAUGCCCUUGAGGGCCAUACUGUGAACUUGAAGCCGUUUGGAAAGGAGAAGGGGUAGUAGGCAGCGGGAGGAGAAAUAUGAGGAACAUGAUACCAUGUAAUAUAGCGAGUACUUAGUCGUUCCGGUGUAACAAUUACCCGGACGUAUGCCAUUUGGACUUGCCCCAUGCAG